AUGCAAAUCUGGAAGAUGGAGUCGUAUCCGGUCGGGGACCGUCGUCUGCCGCAUCACGUGUUCCCACCCAAGCACCUGACCGUCGACGACCUCAGGAAGAAGGCUGGAGUCACCUACUACAAGGUAGGCAUUCUGUAUAACUUGCACUUGUUUUGUUGGCUUUAUCUUGUAGCGUCAGGCAAGCGCUAGAGGACUAGUCCCACUGGAAACAUAUUGCGGAUUUGAACUCCGCUUUGCGGCGUUCAGUUUUCCUCUGAGCAACACAUAGGCGGUCCAACUUCAAUUUGUUGCAAUGCCUGCGAAUUUUUGAAUUUUUGUAAUUUUUGCGACAUGCACUGUGCGAAAAACAAAAUUUUAUUUUGCACUGUGUAAUUGGUUUUUUUGCACCGUGGUUUUUGAGGCUUUUGAUCUGUCGCUUGCAUCCUGAAUUUUUCUUGCACAACCCCAAAGAUCACCUCAUCAACUUUGCGAACGGACUAGUGCCUGUGUCAAGAAAAAAAAUUUUUUUUGAGAAGUAGCAACAAAAUGUUGAAUUUUCAACUACACUUCAACCAAGAAACCUCGGUCUUUUUUGCAUCAUAUGCCUUACAUGUUAGAAAAAAUUCAAUCAAAAACCGCACGUUCAGCAACUUGCCCUUCCAAUUCACGAUAACUCUCGGGAAAUAUUCAAAACCGACCCCCGCAGGGACCUACAACCUUCUAUUUACAGUUCCAAUAACCCUUAGACUUAGCAGCCGUUACUCACGGUCUUCAAUUUCCCUCUAACUCUUCCUCUCUUGCUUGUCUCCGUAUAUGUUAGUGAUAGUGCAGCAGCAAGAAUUCCGUUAAUUCAUUAAGAUUUCCCCAAACGAACAACACCUCGUUUGCAGGUCAACCUGGCGGACACGCAGGCCAUGAAGAAGCGGCUGUCGGCGGUGAAGAAAGAGAACAGCGUGAACACCGGCGACAUCCUCACCAUCGACGAGAACGUGGCGGACCUCGCGAAGGUCAUGGACGACCUGUACGAGGAGCAGGAGGUCGCCGCGCCCACCGUGUGCAUGGUGGUGGACGGCGAGAUGUACAUGGACGUGGAGUACGAGGACGAGGAGUGGCUGCGCCUGCAUCUGGAGAAGGGCGACUUGGUGGUCGUGCCGAAGAACAUGCUCCACCGCUACACCACCACCCCGACGGUAAGGGCUGGCCCAAAAGGCCGUGGCGUUCGAAGUGCGACGCACUGAUUUUUGUGGAAGUUGGCGCAAAUUAUGAUACAUAACAUUGGUCCUAAGGCCUUUUUUGUCACGAAAUUUGGCUCACUGUUAGGCGAAGGGCUAAACUCAACACAUUUUUUGCGCUUUUCAGGGUUAAGAGUUGACAUUCAGAACGUGCGAUGGGUUAAACUGGAACAGAAGAUAGUCGAAGAGCCGCACUAUACUGCACACGUACAGGUUAUCAAGUCAAAAGGUUAUCCAAAUUCUACCGUUUCUUGAGAGUUUCUGACCAGGGAAGUGCUCUAGGUGUGACGCUCAGAUUUUUUGCAUGGCAUAACUUACAGUCAGCCUAAUUCUCGUAGAAAAAUGAGAGAUUUUUAGCUCUAAGCCCCCGAGAUUUCUUGUUGAUCAAAAUUCGAUAUAUUUUCGCAGGUGGUAAAGCGAAUACUAGCUCGCGCUUUGCAGAAACAACUGGGAAUUUUAGGUCGAAAGGUGGCAAGAAUGGGAUAUUUUUUUACAAACUUUGUCAUGAAAAUCAUGCGUAUUUCUACUGUAGAGUGAUGUUUCCGCAAAAAAAUCAAUUUUUUUCCGCACGAUACCGGCAAAUUUACUGCCAAAAAACUUUUUUUCCCUCUGACCGCUCUCCACAUUUUGUGUGCUUUCAGAAAAGUUGCUGCGCCUGCAAAGCGUGAGCUAAAAUUUUGAUGAGUUGAUAAGUGGCCUAUGUCCGAAAAGUCUGUCAAUUUUAAAAAAAAUAUAUGAACGUCACACUUUGGGCACUUGCCUUGUCAGUUAAAAAUGAGCAUUCCGUAUUUUGGCAUUGAAUUUUUAAUGUCAUGGCAUUGAAAAACAAAACUUAAUUUUUCUUCUCAAAAGCCCAUAACACCCUUUUUCGCACUGUCAUCUUUUGUAUUGAGCUCGAUGAAAAUGAUCAAACUCUGUUUUUUCAGUUACUUUUUAUGCGUUAAAACGUUUUCCACAAAACUUUCAGAAUGUGUUGCCCUUCCCGGUCGCCCACCAACCACAAACUGACACUGUUUUCAUUUCAGAACUUUUUCCGCCUUCAGCGUUUCAGCCCCAUUGACCCACAAAACAUCGUCGCCUAG